UACUAGGCAGAAGUAAACUUUACUUUAUAUGGGGUGGGAUUGCCAGUUCCUUCCCUGGCCUUUUUUUAGCCCCCAAGCAUAUGCCGGGUACUCAUUUUACCGACCGAUGGAAGGCUGAGUGGACCUCGACCCCUUUUACCGGAGAUUCGGCUUCCUCCUUCCGUUGGAAUCGAACUCCGGCCAUGAGCAGAGCUUCGGCUGCGUUACCGCCGCUUACCACUCUGCGCCACAGAGGACCUUAUCUCCUAAAUAGAGAUGGCUAAAUCUGUUUGUUUCCAUUCUGCCUGAACAUUGGGAGAUUGAGGACACGCACACAAAAAGAACUUCUUCAAGCAUGCUCUGCCUCCCUGGUCAGAGGCAUCAUGCUCCUGAACACAAGUUGCCGGAAACCGCAGGAGGGGAGCGUUGCUCUUGCUCCCUGUUCAAAGUUGAUCUGCUCAGGGACUCUCGUAAAAUGAAGCUCGUAUCUAGUACAGACUCUUUGGAAUCUUCAGCCCCUAUGCCGGAAUGCAGGAGACCCCUAUCAUGAUUCUUCAGAGCGGACAUGUCAUAAAGGCUUCCUCUGUCUCGCGAGAGGCUAAAACGUUUUCCUGACUGUGGUUGGAUUGUCUGAUUUUUAAAAAAUUUGGAUUGUUUUGCUCGUUUGGGAUUCAUUCUCCACUUCCCAUUUUCCCUGAAAUCUACUGACGCUCUCUCCCGUCCUACACCGUUGGCCACCAUGAACGGGCUAACGGUGAGCGAACUGUGUUGCCUUUUCUGCUGUCCCCCAUGCCCGGGCCGGAUUGCCGCCAAGCUCGCCUUCCUACCCCCGGAGCCCACAUAUACCAUUGUCCCAGAGCCGGAUCCCGUUGGGGGCUCGGGCAAUGUCUCUCCUCGCAGCGGGGUCAUGACCCGCUGGAAACUCCACUUAACGGACCGGGCCGAUUUCCAGUAUGCCCAACGGGAGCUGGAUACCAUUGAGGUGUUUCUUACCAAGAGCAGUCGAGGGAACCAUAUCAGCUGCAUGUACGUCCGCUGCGUUCCUGGAGCCAGGUUCACAGUUCUCUUCUCGCAUGGAAAUGCCGUGGACCUGGGUCAAAUGUGCAGUUUCUACAUCAGCCUGGGAACCCGCAUCAGCUGCAACAUCUUCUCCUAUGACUACUCGGGCUACGGCGUCAGCACAGGGAAGCCCUCAGAGAAGAACCUCUACGCUGAUGUUGAUGCAGCUUGGCAGGCGCUGCGCACCCGCUAUGGGAUCAGCCCCGAGAACAUCAUCCUGUACGGGCAAAGCAUUGGGACCGUCCCUACGGUGGACCUUGCCUCUCGCUACGAGUGCGCGGCCGUCAUCUUGCAUUCACCUCUGAUGUCGGGCAUGCGCGUCGCCUUCCCGGAGACCAAGAAGACUUACUGCUUUGACGCUUUCCCGAAUAUAGACAAAGUAUCCCGGAUCACCUCUCCCGUUCUCUUCAUCCAUGGCACGGACGACGAGGUCAUCGACUUCUCGCACGGCCUGGCCCUUUACGAGCGUUGCCCGAAGGCUGUCGAGCCCCUCUGGGUGGAGGGGGCCGGCCACAAUGACAUCGAACUCUACAGCCAGUACCUGGAACGCCUGCGCAAAUUCAUCUCACACGAUCUGGCCGCUCAACACAACUGAAAACGCCUUUCCCGUGUAGUCCUUCCUUCCAGUGGCAGCCAUGAGCUCUUCCAUUGCGGACCGGGGGGGGAGAGAAGAGGAAGAGGGGCUCACGGCUUUAGGAUGUCGCCAAAGCUGAAAGCGCCAGCCCCCGUCCUCCGAAGCAACAGCAGCCCCCGACCCUCCGUUACAGGUUUGAACUCCGGAGGAUGGUGUCGGGUCUCUCUCAGCGGCUUUCUGUACUCCAUUCCCGGUGGGCCUCAUUCACAACCGCUGCCAUCUUUAACACUGACGUAUCCUGCCCUGUGACAGUGCACAGAGGACACCAAAAGACUUGCUGUUUUUCCAGAUUUUUUUUUAAAAAAAACCUUGACACCUCCAUUGAGACGGCACUGUUCAUUCCCCUCCCCCCCCAAAGUUCCAUUUUCGGAUCCUUGUUUUCUGAACUCUCUCUGUGCGUCCCAGUGAUAGCAAUAAGCCAUUAGGGAAGGGGGGGGGGAAAUAGCGCUUGUGUUGCACCAAGGCCAGAGGAGGCACUCAAAUGCAUGACGGCUAAAACGGCUUGCUCUGUCUCUGGUGCCCUGCCCACAGCGCCACCUAGUGGCCGGAGGACUUCAGGACAGUUUCUCCUGGGUCAGGGUGGGGCCAUCUUAGGGAUUUUAGCAGGAAGUAUGUGGGAGGGCUGUGAUUGUGAAUUACAACACAACUGAUUGAAACUGACCACAAUGAAUCGGGGGAUGUUGCCUCCUCUGUCCACAUAUUCCUGAAUUCUGCUCUUGAGUAUGCAGGCAGUUUUG